GAAGCAGUCCAAAGCGAUCCGACGCCUUUGCAAGCUUCGUCUGCCAGGCAGCUGUGCUCCCAGUCGUCGAGGCCUCCCUCUUCAGCAGGUUUCCUUGUUGUCCCCGCAGCUGUCCAAUGCUGAGUCUUUGCAAGGUCACGGACUCUUUGCUUAUUAGCAAUUCUCGGUCAGCCUGCACGGAGAAGCUCCUCAUGCAAGAAGGAGUGACGUUCUGUAUAAACGUCUCCAGGCAGCAGCCCUUCCCCAGCUGCCAGCGGCUACAGACGUUGCGGGUGCCGGUCUUCGACGAUCCUGCGGAAGACCUGUAUAGAUAUUUUGAGCGCUGUAGCGGGGCCAUAGAGAGCACAAUCCAGAGCGGCGGGAAAUGCUUAGUGUACUGUAAAAAUGGUCGGAGCCGGUCUGCGGCGAUCUGUACGGCUUACCUGAUGAAACACCACCGGCUCAGCUUGAAGGAUGCCUUCGAGACUGUGAAGACUGCCAGGCCAGUAGCAGAGCCCAAUGCAGGAUUUUGGUCUCAGUUACAAAAAUAUGAAGAACAUUUACAUAUUCAGAAUCAGGUGGCUCCUUCUAAAAAAGAAACUGUACAAUAAAUAUAAUUAUAAUUCA